AACGCCUGCUGACAUCUCAUCUUGAACUCGGACGAUGCGGCAUCUCCUCCCUUCCUUCCUUCGCAUCCUGCCGGAGAGCACAGACUUUCUCUUCAGGCGAAAGCAACAGGAGAGGGGCUUAACCCGUAGCGAGAUUCCGAUGGCGGCCGAAUAGGAAGCGGGAUUCCGGCGAUGGGGAACAAGAUCGCGCGGACGAAGCAGGGGUCGGCGUCGGAGUACUACCUCCACGACCUCCCGUCGUCGUACAACUUGGUGCUUAAGGAGAUCCUCGGCCGGGGCCGCUUCUUCAAGACGAUCCAGUGCAAGCACGACGAGGGGCUCGUCCUCGUCAAGGUCUACUUCAAGCGCGACGACUCCAUCGACCUCCGCGAGUAUGAGCGCCGCCUCCUCCACAUCAAGGAAACCUUCCGCUCCAUCGACCACCCACACGUCUGGCCCUUCCAGUCUUGGCAGGAAACAGACAAAGCGGCAUAUCUCUUAAGGCAGUACUUCUUCAAUAAUCUACAUGAUCGUUUGAGUACCCGCCCUUUUCUUAGCCUUGUCGAGAAGAAGUGGUUGGCAUUUCAGUUACUUCUUGCUCUGAAGCAGUGCCAUGAAAAAGGAAUUUGCCAUGGUGACAUUAAGUGUGAGAACGUUCUGGUCACUUCCUGGAAUUGGCUUUACCUUGCUGAUUUUGCAUCCUUCAAGCCUACGUAUAUUCCCUAUGAUGACCCUUCGGAUUUCUCAUUUUUCUUUGACACUGGAGGCAGAAGGCUAUGUUAUCUAGCUCCUGAGAGAUUUUAUGAGCAUGGAGGGGAGAUGCAAGUAGCCCAGGAUGCACCUUUAAGGCCAUCAAUGGAUAUCUUUGCUGUGGGGUGUGUGAUUGCAGAGCUAUUCCUGGAAGGCCAACCCCUUUUUGAGCUCUCGCAGCUUCUUGCUUAUAGGAGGGGCCAGUAUGAUCCUAGCCAGCAUCUUGAAAAGAUCCCAGAUUGUGGAAUUCGCAGGAUGAUUCUCCACAUGAUCCAACUGGAGCCCGAGUCUCGACUUUCUGCUGAGAACUACCUGCACACAUAUGCUGGAGUCGUGUUCCCAACCUACUUCUCCCCGUUCCUGCAUAACUUCUAUUGCUGUUGCAAUCCUCUUCCCCCUGAUGCAAGGGUGGCAAUGUGCCAGAGUGCUUUUAAUGAGAUGCUAAAGCAUAUGAUGAGCAAUCGGUUAACUGAAAAGGAUCAUUCUGGAGUUUUUAACAAUAACAAUCCCCUUGUGAGCCAUGGAAAGGAAAUUGACCCUGCUGCAAAGCCUAUUUCAAGGGAUACGAAAAGUUCCGCAAUCCCAAAUAAUCUUAAGAUUUCAGGGCAAUCUCUUGGUGGUCCGACUGAAUACAUGUUCAGUGUCUUUAGGGAUAACGGACACCGGUUUCUGAAGAGAAUCACAGUGGAAGAUCUAAAUAACAUGAUGUCUGAGUGUGAUACCCAAUCUGACACCUUUAGCCUGCCUCUUGUGUAUUCCCCUGAAACUACCACAAGAUGUGAGGGCAUGGUGCUUAUUGCCUCUCUUCUAUGUUCUUGUAUUCGAAACGUGAAGCUUUCUCAUCUGAGAAGAGGUGCCCUAGUUCUGCUCAAGUCCUGCUCGCUCUAUAUUGAUGAUGAAGAUCGGUUGCAGCGUGUGCUUCCUUAUGUUGUUGCAAUGCUUUCUGAUGCAGCAGCAAUUGUUCGUUCUGCUGCUUUAGAAACUCUUUGUGACAUUCUUCCUUUGGUACGAGAUUUUCCUCCCAGUGAUGCUAAAAUUUUUCCGGAAUAUAUAUUGCCAAUGCUGUCAAUGCUUCCAGAUGAUCCAGAAGAGAGCGUAAGAAUCUGUUAUGCGAGCAAUAUUGCUAAAUUGGCUGUGACUGCUUACCGUUUCUUGAUCCGCUCCAUCAGCUUGAGCCAGGAAGGGGUUCUUGAUGAAGUGAAUCUACAACAGAAAUUGCCACCUGCUUCAAGUGAUUCACAGCUCGCUCAUCUGAGGAAGUCCAUUGCUGAGGUUGUGCAAGAACUUGUGAUGGGCCCAAAGCAGACCCCAAAUAUCAGGCGGGCUCUUCUUCAGGACAUCGCUGCUCUCUGCUGUUUCUUUGGGCAGAGACAGAGCAAUGAUUUCCUCUUGCCCAUUCUCCCAGCCUUUCUGAAUGAUAGAGAUGAGCAGCUAAGGGCUGUAUUCUAUGGACAGAUCAUAUACGUCUGCUUCUUUGUGGGACAGAGGAGCGUGGAGGAAUACCUCCUGCCUUACAUCGAGCAGGCACUGAGUGAUUUGACUGAGGCUGUGAUGGUCAAUGCUCUUGAAUGUUUGACUAUUCUCUGCAGAAGCAGUUUUCUGAGGAAGAGGAUUCUGCUUGAAAUGAUAGAGAGGGCAUUUCCUCUAUUAUGUUACCCCAGUCAAUGGGUUAGAAGGUCAGUGGUCAUGUUCAUCUCAGCUAGUAGUGAGAGCUUAGGUGCUGUUGACUCCUUUGUUUUCCUUGCGCCACUCAUACGACCUUUCCUACGUAGACAACCUGCAUCCUUAGCUUCCGAGAAGGUCCUGCUCUCAUGUCUGAAGCCUCCAGUUUCAAAAGAUGUGUUCUGUAAGGUCUUGGAGAGUGCAAGGAGCUCAGACAUGUUGGAGAGGCAGAGAAAAAUCUGGUACAAUUCGCCUACACAAUCCAAAGGAUCAGCGGGAUCAUCUAACUCGAUUAAGAGCUGGGCAUGCAAGCUGAGUGAUUUUGAGAAUCAGAAGCCUAUUGGCUCACAAAACACUUCUGGACAAACAGAAUCCGAAGAAGGUGAAGUUUUUAUGAGGUCCAUGGGAAGUUUGACGAGGAAGGCUACUCCGCCACCCGAAAACCUCUGCUCAGAAAAAUUACAAUUCUCCGGAAUCAUGUCUGCACAUAUGAAUGGCAUGAACAGCUUCAUAUGCGAUAAACCAUCGGAAGGAAUCCCUCUCUACUCCUUCAGCAUGGACAGGCGAGCAGCUGGAAAUCCUUCUGGGGGACCUGCUUCUUCAUUGGAAGCGAAUAAUUCCUUGGGGUUCGAUUCAUCAUCCAUGCCUUGGAUGGACACAGUGAGCAAAUCAUUUACUUUGGGAAGCACAGUUCCAUCACCGAAGCUUGUCUCAGGCUCGUUCAGUAUCAGUAAUGGCUCCAAACAAUUCUACAGAGUGGUGCACGAGCCUGAAGGCAGAGAGAACGAUCAAACAACCGCUUAUGUUACUGGCAAGUUCCAAGAGCUGGGCUUGUCAGCUUCUGUCAAAGGAAGUGCUGUGAGUGUAGAUGAUGCUUCUGCACCGCCUGAUCUUCUGGGAGUGUCCUUCUCAAGAUUGCCAUCGGUUCCUGAUUCUGGCUGGCGACCCCGUGGAGUGUUAGUUGCCCACCUACAGGAGCACCGGUCUGCUGUGAAUGACAUUGCAGUAUCAAGUGAUCACAGCUUCUUUGUCAGCGCCUCUGAUGAUUCCACUGUCAAGGUUUGGGACUCGAGGAAGCUCGAGAAGGACAUCUCUUUCCGUUCAAGGCUAACUUACCACCUCGAAGGGAGUCGUGCUCUAUGUGCCACGAUGCUUCGUGGGUCUGCUCAAGUUGUGGUUGGAGCGUGUGAUGGAAUGGUGCACAUGUUCUCAGUUGACUACAUCUCCAGAGGCCUUGGGAACGUGGUUGAGAAGUAUUCAGGAAUUGCCGAUAUUAAGAAAAAGGAUAUCAAGGAAGGUGCCAUCUUAACCCUCUUAAACUACUCACCUGAUAGCUCUCCUAGUCCGACAGUUAUGUACAGCACUCAGAAUGGGUGGAUUCAUCUCCUGGAUGUGAGGGGUAACCUUAAUGCCUGGACAUUAAAGACGACUCCCGAAGAGGGUUACGUGUCUUCUCUGGUGACUGGGCCCUGCGGAAACUGGUUCGUGUCUGGGUCCUCAAGAGGAGUGCUUACUCUCUGGGAUCUGAGGUUCCUUAUACCCGUGAACUCGUGGCAGUUUUCUGUUGUCUGCCCUAUAGAAAAGAUGUGUCUCUUUGUUCCUCCAAACUCUCCUUCUGUCUCUACCACGACAAGACCGCUUGUUUAUGUCGCAGCCGGCUGCAACGAGAUUUCGCUGUGGAAUGCAGAGAAUGGGAGCUGCCACCAGGUUCUGAAGGUGGCCAACUACGAUGGUGAAACUGAAGCUUCUGAAAUUCCUUGGGCCUUAGCAAAACCACCAAAUAAGUCAAACUCCAGAAUUGAUAUGAGGCGAAACGUCAACCCGAAGUAUAGAGUUGACGAGUUGAAUGAACCUCCUUCCAGGCUUCCUGGUAUUCGAUCAUUGCUUCCAUUACCAGGAGGAGACUUGUUGACCGGGGGAACUGACUUGAAGAUUCGUCGGUGGGACCACACAAGUCCUGAACGUAAUUACUGCGUAUCUGGUCCAAGCGUGAAAGGAGCAGGAAACGAUUUUUACGAAACUAGAUCUUAUUCUGGUGUGCCAGUGGUACAGGAAACCAGGAGACGACCUUUGACAACUAAGCUCACAGCGAAGACGGUACUUGGUGCAGCUGCCAGUGAUUCUGCUGGUUGUCAUCGGGACUCCGUACUCUCUUUAGCUUCCGUCAAGUUGAACCAGAGACUCUUGAUAUCGAGCAGCAGAGACGGAGCUGUCAAGGUCUGGAAGUAAUAUCGAGAUGUACAUAUAGUAAUUUAUAAAGUUGUACAUAAGUAGUGCCAAUCAGUCGUGCUACAGAUCCAAUGUAUACUACGUCUAUGUGUACAGUUUAUACGCACGUUGCAACGGGUUUAACUCGAUGUUGCAAUCAUGGGAUUUUACACUAUAUUUUUGUCAUUCUAUUGACUCGGUAAAAACCAUGACAGUUGCAUAGCUA